GUAGCGCGAGGGGGCGGAGUCUGACUCGAGCGCGUGACGUCAUCACUUCCUGCUCGCGCAGGUAUCUCGGUAUCGGACACACCUCAACUGAAGCUCCGGAUCUGACCGCCGCGUUUUUACUCGGAAACAACGUUUCAUUUCCAUCGAAACCCUGCUUGAAACGACGUUUUAUCUCAGUCUGACGAGGAGUCACUCCGUCUCGGAGCUGUUUCAGUAGAUUGGUUUUGAAUAGUUUAUACAGGCUUCUGUUCGUUUGGAGAAUGACUCCAUCUCGGCUCUGGUUCUUCUGGACCGCGGUGGUUCUUCACAUCUGUCUCCGUGUAGCUCCAUCAGAGGCUCAGGAUGAAGGGAAAUGCAUGGAUAAGUUCAAUCUUGGCAAAGACGAUUUUGUGUUGGACGUAGAUGAAUCUGUGAAGGACGGGGCCACGUUCCUGUCUUCUCCUCAAGUGUCUCGGCCUGAAGAAUGUAUUCUGGCCUGUUGUCGUGAUCCAAACUGUAAUGUGGCUCUGAUAGAACAUGGAGAAAAUCCCAAAAGCAUCCGCUCAUGCUUCAUCUUUAACUGUUUGUACAAACAGAAGAAAGUCUGUCGCUUUGUGAGGAAGAAUGGCUUCAGCAACUACGUUCUGAUAUCAGUUUUUAAAGAUUACCUUGAGGAAAAACCUUCAGAUGUGGAGGACAAACCUCCAGUCGCAGUGAUCGGGCAGGACAAAGUCGUUCAACCCAAAGAAGAUGUGACUCUGAACGGCAUUGAGAGCAAAGACGAUAAAAAGAUAGUAAAAUAUGAGUGGGUACAGGUGUCUGGAGACCCAUCGGCUGUUAUUAAUAAAGGGCAGUUUGAGGAUUCAGUGACGGUCUCCAAUCUUUCUCCGGGGAUGUAUAAGUUUAAACUCACGGUCACAGAUGACGCUAAUCAGACGGGAUCUGCCGAGGUGGCAGUUUUGGUCCUGACGCCAGAACAGUCACUCCAUCACUGUCUAGUGCCGAAGAAAGAGGGUCCGUGUCGAGGCUCUUUCCCACGCUGGCACUACAACGCCGCCAACGAGAAAUGUGAGCAGUUCAAGUUUGGAGGCUGCAAACCAAACCGCAACAACUACCUGACGCUCAACGAAUGCCAGAACGCUUGCGACAAAGUUUCAGUUUUAGAUCCACCGCCGUCUGGAAGAUUAGGUCCGAUCCAUGAUCAUAGUGAGCGGUGUGACGAGGCUUGCGGUCCGGAUCAUUUCUCAUGCUCAAAUAAAUGCUGCAUCGAGAAAGAUUUGGAGUGUGACGGGGAAACGCAGUGCAGCGAUGGUUCGGACGAGGCUGAAUGCUCCAAACUGGACCGUAAGUUCGGUCGAUUGCUGGAUAUUCCUGUGGAUAAAAGCAAAGUUCGUUGCGUGGAGCCGCCGAUAACAGGCCCCUGUCGCGCGAGCUUCACUAACUGGUACUUCAAUCCGUACAAGAAGCGCUGUGAUCGCUUCAACUACGGCGGCUGUGAUGGAAAUGAAAACCGCUUUGACACGGAGGAGAAGUGCAUGGAGUCAUGCACUGGAGUGACCGAGUCUGAUGUGUUUGCCAGAAGAGCUCACUUUGAGAAACUAGAGGGCAACAACGAAUCAGUCAUCAUCGGCAUUGUCAUCGUUCUGGGCAUCGCCAUCGCCGUCCUGCUGGUCGCGAUCACAUUUUAUCUUCUGAAGGGAAAGAAGAAGCACAGAAACAAAUAUCAGCACACGGCUGUCAACGGUGGUCACGUUCACCCCUACGAGGAUUCAGAGAAACUCGUCUACAACAGCACAACCAAACCCUUCUGAGCAUAUUUAACAGGACAUCUAACCAAACUAAUGCAGCGAGAUGUGGAAUCAAUCUGUAUAUGCAAUAAUUAUGUGGUUUCUUCACUUGUUU